GUGUGGGCUGGAGAUCAUGAGCGCCGCUUGUAUGCGAAACUAGCCGAUGGUUACAAUAAACUUGCUCGUCCAGUGAAAAACGACAGCGAGCCAGUUCUUGUACUACUCGGACUGGAUUUUCAACAAAUACUUGAUGUGGAUGAAAAGCAUCAAAUCAUGCACUCCAAUGUAUGGUUACGGAUGAGUUGGGUUGAUCAUUAUCUCACGUGGGAUCCCUCGGAAUACGGCAAUAUUCGAGAGGUUCGACUACCGAUAUCUAACAUUUGGAAGCCAGACGUCUUGCUCUACAACAGCGUCGAUCAACAGUUUGACAGCACAUGGCCAGUGAAUGCAGUCGUCUAUCAUUCUGGCAAUGUUACGUGGAUUCCACCGGCUGUGAUUCGCUCAAGUUGCAGUAUCGAUAUAGCCUACUUCCCGUUCGAUUCUCAGGACACCCCAUUUUUUCUAGCACUGCCGAUGAAGUUCGGCUCAUGGACAUAUUCGGGUUUCUUCACAGAUCUACGUAACGCCUCUGUUUCCGUUGGCACCUAUCAGCCAAAUGGUGAAUGGGAAUUGUUAGAUCUCACGUCAAAACGAUCGAUUUUUUACUAUGAAUGUUGUCCAGAGCCUUAUUACGACGUCAUGUUUACCAUUUCGAUAAGGCGACGAACGCUUUACUAUGGAUUCAAUCUUGUCCUACCGAGUAUGCUCAUCUCUGCUUUGGCCUUGCUCGGCUUCACACUACCAGCCGAUUCUGAAGUCUACUUCUCCUGCAUUAUGUUCGAAGUUGGUGCCUCCGUGGUUUGCACAGUGUUUGCACUGAAUUUCCACCAUCGAACACCAGAAAGCUACCAUCCGAUGACGCCACUGACACGAAAGAUCCUUCUUGACUGGUUGCCUAUGCUACUCUGCAUGGAACGUCCGCCACCAUUUCGUCUCGAGCAAAUCAAUGAAAGCAACGGCCAUGUCGUGUGCGAAAGACACAAGGACAAGAGGAAAUCUAAAGGAUAUGUUGUCGAUCUUGAGAAGAAACUGCUCAACAACUGUUACUCACCGCUCGAACACAAAACGAAAGCGGUGCACCUCGACUUCUGCCAUGGGGGUCGAAUAGAGGUUCGCCGCCGACCGACAAGUACCGAGCGGAAUUCUUUCCCUCUCUCAAUGACGUGCAACAACGUCAGUUCUCCUGCACUUGCUCAAAAGUACACAUUUUCCAAAAUCCAUAACCCUCCAGAGCCAAUCGAUCGAAAAUCACCACUACCUGUCACCACAAGGAACCUUAUGGACGAACGACAGUAUGCUGGAAUUAUGGAGGAGUUAAAAGUGAUAUCGAACAGAAUUAAAAAA